AAACAAAGAAAAAUAUAUAUAUUUUUUUAUCGUAAAAUUGAAAGAACUGUCUGGUCCAGUGGUCGUGGAAGAGACGUUUCGCCAUUAAUGUCCAACUAGCGGUCUAAACCGGAGCAUUCAGAUAAAACAAAGACCGGGAACUAAAAGGUAGACCCCGAGAGAGAGAGAGAGAGAGAGAAUAACGGAUUCCGGAAAGGUCGCAGCUUCUUGUUGAAGAAGACCUGAGGGGUUCAGUUUUGGAGGUUUUGCUUGCUCUUUUGUGGGCUGAAUGAUAAUCGGGUGAUUGUUUUGUGGAUGCUGGUGAAGAAGGUUGUGCUUGUAGCACCCCUCUCUCUCUCCCUCCAUCCCCUCUCUGUGGAGAGAGGGAAGAGAGGGGUUGGCAGGCAUGAGUUGUUUGAAUUUAUGGAGAGCUUAGAAUCGACUACGUUUCACAUAAAUUUGGUUUCUCCCCCCUACAAGAAAAGAUUACAGUGACAAUCCUCCUGGUGGAACGUCUCGUCUCUUUCGUGUGCUGAUGCAAGGUUUACUUGGAAAAUGGCGUGCCUUUCAUUUAGAGCUGCCUGGUCUCUCAUCCUUCCUUUUAGGCCUGUCCCAUUCCUUUAACCACCAUCGGCUCCUCCUUCCCAAGAUCUCCCAAAUGAAACGACCAAUUAGGCCCCUUUUCAUCAUUUUCUUGCUGGUUCUUCUUUGCACUUUCUUCAGUUUCCACGCUGCAGUUCGCCGAAGUUUCAAUUCUGCAAAUUCAGAAGCAAGCUCUACUCCCACAAUUAGUUCUUUGCCCCCUGCCGUUCACAACGCCACCUUCCUGAGCUAUGCUGCAACCGAGAUUGGAGAAUCAAAUGUUCGGAAAGAGAUCACUGAUUUGCUAGAAGGGAAUUAUCCUCACGGCCGCUACAGAUCCAUAUCUUCCUGGCGCCAUGAUAACCAUGAGGCUAAACAUGUUCGGUCUAAUCGGAUUCCUGUUCAGCUCAUGAACUUCAGGUACCACAGUCUGUGGCCAGAGUUCAGAAAAUCACUGAGGGAUUGGGUAAGGAACAAGAGGUUCCAUCCUGAGGUCAUGGAGGAAUUGGUAUCGCUUGUUAAGCAUCCCAUUGACCGGCAUUAUGGUUUACCUCAGAACAACAGCCGAUAUGCUUCUUGUGCGGUGGUAGGGAACAGCGGGAUUCUGCUGAAGAAAGAAUACGGGGCACUUAUUGACGGCCAUGAAGCUGUGAUCAGACUGAACAAUGCCAGGAUUGAAGGGUUUCAGAAAAAUGUUGGAUGGAAGACAACAAUCUCGUUCGUCAAUAGCAAUAUCUUACACCUCUGCGCACGCAGAAUGAGCUGCUUUUGCCAUCCCUAUGGAGAAAAAGUCCCCAUGGUGAUGUACAUUUGCCAAGCUGUGCACUUCAUGGAUUUCACAUUCUGCAAUCGUUCCCAUAAUGCGCCAUUAAUCAUCACAGAUGCUCGUUUCGACAUACUGUGUGCGCGAAUAGUCAAGUACUACUCCUUGAAGCGGUUCGUUGAACUCACAGGGAAAUCUGUGGAAGAAUGGGGCGCUGCCCAUGAUGGCAGCAUGUUCCAUUAUUCAUCGGGAAUGCAGGCAAUCAUGCUUGCUGUGGGUUUGUGCGAUAAGGUUAGUGUUUUUGGUUUUGGUAAGUCAGCAGACGCGAAGCAUCACUACCAUACCAACCAGAAAGCUGAGCUUCAUUUGCAUGACUACGAGGCAGAAUACAUCUUCUACAAGGAUUUGGUUGAACACCCAGAUUCUAUACCGUUUCUUGAGGGUUCCAAAUUCAAGAUACCUCCUGUAACUAUAUAUAAUUGAAUAAUUAUUGAUUAUUUGCAGUUCGUUAGCUCGUCUAGUUUGAGAAUGCUACACUGCGUUCUUCUAAGCUGGAAAGUCUGUCUUGGUUUUCUUC